AUGGGUGGCGGAAAGAACCACCGUAGCAGCGCCACCAGCGGCAGCGGAAGCGAAGACGGAGACGCUGACUGGAGAAUAGCCAUAGAUUCCAUCGCCUCCACCACCAGCUUUACAAGCUCCACCGCAAAUUCCAAUGGCAACGGCGUGCCCUAUUCUCUAAAGGUCCGUGGAAAAUCGGAUUCUUCUGCUUCCAAAGUAAUUCUCGAGGACAAAGAUGAAAAUCAUAAACCCCAGAACAUCAAACACUACCAAAUCAAGGCACAGAAGCUUUUGGAUGACAUAUUAGAGAGGACAAUUGAAGUAGUGAGGCAUACAGAUCAACUUAUAUCAGAGAAAGAUCCCACAGUGACUGAAGGGGUUAGACUGUUUAAAUAUGCUCCCCAGGGAAUAUUGUUCGAUCACUUGGAUGAACUUGAAGGGCCAAAAAGGAAACCAAGAAUUCUUCCUGGGGAAGAGGUGGAUGAAAAAUCAAAAAAGUUUAGGAAGCAAGUCCAAUCUGUUGCUAUUGAUGGGACUGAUAUAAUAGCUGCAGCAACAGCGGCAUGCAAGAAGUCAUUAUCUAAACUCGAAGCUCGGGAAGCUGAUGCAAAGGCAGCAGCAAAAAGAGAAGAAGAAAGAGUAGCCAAGAUGAAAAGUAUUCAGGGGGAGAGAUGGCUGCCUUCUAUGGCUCGAGAGAUGCAAACAAACACUCUCCGCCAUGGGUAG